AUGGCCAAAGCCGAGCGGCCACAUUUGGCGUUGGAUUUCCAGGAAGCAAUCAAGGAUUCACCGGCGUUCCGACAAGAUCUGAAUCAAAACCAGGAAUACUUCAAUUCUAUCUACAAAAGAUAUGCGGAGGUAAGUCGCUUUCUCUUUGAUUUUGAUCGAUUUAGUGUGUCAACAAGGUGGACGUCAUUGUUGAGUGCGGCCAGAAUUAUGUGGCCGCGAUUUAGUAAGUUUUUCGACGGUUUUCGACAUCUGUUACAUUGUACAUGACAGAUUGAAGAAAUUUGAUCUUUUCAGCAAUUUCACGGCCACUCUGAACACCCUGUGGGCUGAAUUAGGUGUCGAUGAACCUAAGACAAAGCAGACAUUUGACGCCAUCUCGGACGCGUUGGCUCAGGUGGUCUCUUUGAACAAAGGGCUGAUAGAGAACACUUUUCCCUCUUUUUUGGCUCAUCUGGGGAGUUUCAAUCAAAAGUAAGUUUUCGGCAAGCUGAACGAAAUCAUAUUACAGCUCUGUGAAAAAUAUGAGGAGGAAAUUUUAUGGAUUUCUCUAAUUUUUGUGACCUUUUAUAUUAUACAUGAGGUGUAUUUGCAAAAUUACUCAUAAAUUCGUUUCAGUGAGCUAUCCAAACUUCGAGACAGCCGGAACCAAUUCGACAACAUGUCCCAAGCUCUAAAUGACUCACUAAAUAAACGCGCGUCCAUAUCAAGGAGCUGUGGUCAAGCUCUGAAGGAAGCGAGGAAUGGACUGACUGCUGUAGGAACUUGUUUUGCCCAUACUUCUCUGGAUUAUGUAGCUCAAAUCAACAUCGCCCAUUCACGAAAGCAUUAUGUCCUUCUCGAAGCGGUAAGUCUUUGUUUUUUUGUUUUUUUGAACCUUCUGUUUUUAGUUGUGGCUGUUGAUCAAGGAGUAUAUCGAAUUCUUCAAAAAAGGUCAUUCUGUUUUUGUGGAGAAGCCAGAUAUAAAUACCGACGAGAUUGCGGACAAUAUUAACAUGUUGCGGACAAGGAGCAAGCUGGUCGAGAGAAAAAUGCAGGAUCGGCAUUCAGUGGUGCCUAAGGUAAUAUAAUUUUUUCUUGAAUUUUCCUGGUUUUAGUGAAUGAUAAUCCGGCUGCUCUUUCUAAUAGUUGUAUUUUGCUGUUUUUGAACGAAAUUUUCCCUUCGAAGCUCAAUUUAUGAAUCAUUUAUAUUCACCAUGAGCCAGAUGACGCUAUCGAAGAAAAGGGCAAUAUUCGGCGCCUUUUCUUGUUUUAUUUCGAUUUGAAAUGCUCCUGGCUAAAUUAUGAACAUCUCUGAUACAAAAUUUCUCCGAAAAUUUUGACCUUUGAGGUCUUUUUUAAGGUCUGCCUAGUGUAAUAUCGAAAACUUAAUGAAAGAUGUCUUAAAAUGCGGCUAUUGAAAGCACUAGUCCGCUACAUUCGAAUUUCUUGGAGCCGCUUACUCAAACGUUAUGUGAGUUGCUCUGAAACAUGAGUAAUCGUAGAUUAACGGUCUCUCUUUGCAGGAUCUCUAUGAAAUGCAUUCGGGUCUCCCCACAGAUCCCGAGGUCGCCAUGGAAGGAUACCUGUUCAAGCGGUCGAACAAAGCUUUUAAGACCUGGCAUCGACGAUGGUUUAUGAUCAAAGGCGAGAAGUUUGUAAGUGGGGUUUGAAUCAUAUUACUUUAGGUAUGUCUGGUGGGAAAAUUUUUAUUUUUUGAGGAAGUUUUGAUUUUUUGAAAAGAGAAUGGAAGUUCAGAGGGUGGAUUAAGACCUAGAUGAUGUUUUAAAACAACUUUUUGUCUUUUUAUUUUAGAAAAAAAUUUUUGAAGUGCAAAUUUUGCUUAUAAAUGGGUAAAAAAUUUCGAAAUUUUCCUCUAUUUUAGUGAAGAAUACUGUAUUUGAUAUCUAAAUUUAACUUGUGACGUCCUUGAAGGAUUUUUUUGUUAUCUUACUUUAGCGAUUUUCAAAAAAUUUUUUUUGGGAUGCAAGGUGAAGAUUUUUGCCAACAAAUUUGAUCACUGACUUAGUCGUCGUAUUUUACAAUCAAAAAAAAUAUUUUUUCAGAUGUAUAUCAAGAAGAACGGAGAGCAACUCCAAAGUAUGGUCAUGGAAGACAAUUUGAAAUUAUGCCUGGUCCGACCAGCACCCUCAUCAAUUGAACGGAGCUGUUGCUUUGAGCUGGUGUCAAGAAGUGGGUAAGUAAAAAUUUUUUUUUGAAAAAAGUUUAAUUUUGAUGAUUUUUGGUUAAUAAUUUUUGGCAAUUUUUAGAAAUCACGUCCUCCAAGCGGACUCGGAAAUGCUGUGUAGAGAGUGGAUCCACGCGCUACAGACAACAAUCCAGCAUUUACAUGAAGGUAGGAGUUGAUAAAAAUGUUUUUUUUUUACAAGGAAAGUACUUCUAUGGGGUAUGGAGUUACAGGUCGAGAUGUAUAUCAAAAAAAUCGCAAAAUUUUUGUGAUUCAGAAUAUGUAAAAAUUAGCACACCAAUUUGCGUCUGUAAGGGCGAAAAACCCUCAGAACUUUUCUCGCAACACCACGCAAAUGCCAUGCCUUUUUGGCCAAGUUUUUACCAAAUCAAAAGCUUUGUUUUAAGCUAAAGUAAACCCUGGAAUCUUGACAAGCCUUAAAGGAACUACUAUUAAGGUAGUAGUAUUACUUUAGCUCAAAACAAAAACAUUUGAAUUGGUAAAAACUUGGUCAAAAAGGCAUUUGCGUGGUUUCGAGAAAACUUCUGAGGAUUUUUUCGCCCUUAAAAACCAAAAUUGGGCAGCUAAUUUUUAGAUAUUCUGAAUCAGAAAUGUUUUGCGAAUUUUUUGAUAUAUGUCUCGACCUGUAACUCCAUGCCCCAUAGAAGCACUUUCCUUGCAAAAAUUUUUGAAUUUUUCAAAAUAAAAAAAAUAUUUUGGACCUUAUCGUUCCAGGAGACACCCUAGAGAAGCCCUCGACAUUUAUGCAGAGCCUCGAAGUCAACUCCCUGAAUAGCUCCACGAAUCAGAACAAUUCCAAGCGAUCUUCCACCACCCUGCCCAACAACUUGUCUCUAAGCCAACCAAACCCCCAAAUCCAGCGAGUCUCGUUCUUCGAAGAGCUGAAACGCAUCCCCGGCAAUCGUCAAUGCGCCGACUGUGGCCACAGCGACGCCAAAUGGGCCUCGAUUAAUCUGGGCGUGGUGAUUUGCAUCGAAUGUUCGGGCGCCCAUCGCUCUCUUGGGGUACAUGUUUCGAAGGUCCGUUCCCUGACGAUGGACGAACUUUCAAACGAACAAAAAGAGGUCCUAAAGAGUUUGGGCAAUCAGAAAGUGAAUAGGAUUUAUUUGGCCGGCAUUGACCAACAGAAUUUGGUUCAAAAUGGCGUCAAACAUCUGACUCCGACGUCAGAACGCGCCGAAAGAGAACUGUUUAUAACCGCGAAGUAUGUGGAGAAAAGGUUUGUAAAACCGCUGGUGAACAAAUUAUUGAUCAACAGUUAUGGUAAGGAGGAGAUUUUUGAUGAAAAUUUUAGUUUUUUUUUUAUUUUUUGGUGGAAAUUUUAGUUUUUUUUUGAUUUUGGAUGGAAAUUUUAGUUUUUUUCGAUUUUUUUGAUGGAAAUUUGGGGUUUUUUUUUUGAUUUUUUGAUGGAAAUUGGAGUUUUUUUUUUUGAUUUUUUGAUGGAAAUUUGAUUUUUUUCUCAAUUUUUUGAUGGAAAUUUGAGUUUUUUUUUUGAUUUUUUGAUAGAAAUUUGAGUUUUUUUUUGAUUUUUGACGGAAAAAUGAGUUUUUUUUGAUUUUUUAAAUUUUUAAUGGAAAUUUGAGUUUUUUUUUGAUUGUUUUGAUGAAAAUUUAAUUUUUUUUUUUUUGGUUUUUUAGAUAAAUUUUUUUUUCGAAGUGGUAAAAAAGUUUAUAAAUUGAUUGCAUAUGAUCUUCUGAAAGUCUUGGCCCUAUUUUAUGUUAUUUUUUGUAGAUUUUUAUAAAAAAAAAUUUCCUAAAUUUAUAUUGUUUUAGGCCCGCCAAGGUCAAGUUCCUUCCAUGAACACCUCUUCUUCCACGCGAAUGCAACUCAACCCGAAUCAAUCGACUCUCCGAGCUUCAAACGCCAAAGCAUCACCUCAAGGAACUCGGAUUCGCACCUGGACGAGACAGAUGCAAAUGAAAUCGAGAAAAAGGCGAUAAAAUUGAUUGAAACGGGCAAUAUUGAGGGCAUCUUGGAUCUCAUGGCGAAUGGGUUUGAUAUAAAUGCGAGACUGUCGACGAAUAAGUAUCCAAUUCAUGUGGCAAUCAACAGUGUAAGGAGGUUUUGGGGGUUUGAAAUUUUUGAGAUUUUUUUGGGGUUUUGGCUUUUUUGGAGAUUUUUUUCUCUCAAAUUUAGGCUUUGAAUGUUAUGAUAGUCUUGUGGCAUGAAUUUUUGGGCCUUUUUAAGAUAUUUUUUGUCAAAAUUUAAAGAUUUUUUGUCAAUUUUUUGAAUUUUGUUCAUUUUUGAAAAAUUUUCAAAAAUUUUGAAAUUCGGGUUUUAAAAUUUUUUAUUUUCCAUUUUUGGACAUUUGUUUGGCCAGGAAAUUCAUUUUUUACCCAUUUUAGAAGCAAAAUGUCCUAAUAGAAUUCCUAUUUCUAAAUGGGAUCCACGUGAAUGUGGUGGAUGCCGACCUAAAUUCACCUCUUCAUAUCGCCGCCGCCAAUGGAAACACCCUCGGCGUUUAUCAAUUGGUCAAAAGAAAUGCGGAUAAGGACCUGAAAAAUGCGAAAGGAGAAACGGCCCUUCAAUUGGCCGUGGAAGCGCAGCACGCAAAUAUUGUGACGUUGUAAGUUGAAGAGUUGAAUUUUUGGAUGAAAAAUGGAUUUAUGGAAAGAAAAAAAAUUUUUUUGGAGGUCCCAAAAUUUGAGUUCCUUGGAUUUUAUGCGAGAUUCAAAAGGUGGCAAAAAAAUUUUUCUCUGAUCGACUCUCCAAAUUUCCUAGAGUCUCUCGCACCGAGAGAUAAAUUGUUGAAUUUCUCGGAUGUGUAUGCAAGGCAAGAGCUAAAAUUUUAUCUGUAGGUUAACACAUAGACUAGACUGAGAUGAUUUGUGCAAAAUUUGAAGAAAUUCCGAGCUUAGCGCCUCGGGCAAUUUCAAUUUUUUUGGCGCCAAUUGCCGUUUUUUUUUCUUUUGCAGUGACGGACCUGAUCCAGUGGCAGAAAUCGUACCAUUUUGCAUCCGGAAAGUAUCAAAAAAUGUAGCAAAAUGCUUCCCUCUCCAAGUGAAAAAACUCCGUUUUGAAAGGCGCUCCCUUUCCCUCACAUACAGGGGACCUGAUCCAAUGGCAAAAAAUGUACCAUUUGGCAUCCAGGAAGUAUCAAAAAAUGUAGCAAAAUGCCUCCCUCUCCAAGUGAAAAGACUCCGAUUUCAAAAGGGCAACCGCUCUUUUUGUGAAGCGCCCUUCAAAACGAGUCUUUUUCACUUGGAGAGGGAAGCAUUUUGCCACAUUUUUGAUACUUCCCGGAUGCAAAAUGGUACGUUUUUUGCCACUGGAUCAGGUUCGUCACUGUAGUCUUAAUUUUUAUGGCAGAUUAAAUUCAUUAUUUUUUGGAUGGUUUAGGGUUUCUUUGACUAUAAAAAUACCCGUGGCCGCGUGCAGUUUUCAUGUUUUAAGACCCGAAAACAUGUUUUGUUUGCUCAAUAAUCGGGCUUAUCUUCUCUCUUUUUAGACUGCGCCUUCAAGAUCUUCGUGACACUGACCAAAACGACGGCCUCGAAUCAACGGUGGACUCGUUUAUGAACGACCUGAAUGCCCGGAAGGAAUCGGACGAACCACUGUCUUGA